AUGUCUACCAACGAAGCCGCUUUACUCGUAUCUUAUGAUACACCCAAUGGACCACAAUCCAUACCAAUAACCUAUUUGAAUGACAUAUACGACACAGAAGACAAACGUGCUAUCCCAUUGCCAUCAUAUUGUAUUAAGAAAGUACACCACCCUGAUGCUGACUUUACAAUUGUAUCUAAGAAUAUUGGUGGAAACAGGUUUAGAGAUGCUUUGGCGUUUGUUGGUGAUGAUAUUGCAAUUACUCUUUUCUCGGAAAUUUGCGACAAUUCACUCCAAUGCAUAUCCCAUAUGAAACAUUUGGUAAUUUUAAAACCAGAAAAGAAUGCUAGGAGUGCAAUUGUAGUCAAUACAAAGGCAGUGGAAAAUCUUAAAAUAACAGGUGAGAUGCAAUUGUCAAAUCAAGUUCUUGAUCCAGUGAUCAAAAGAUGUAUUGCGGAUGUUACAGUCGAGAUAGGUUCACUCAAGUUUACUGCAGUUUGUUGCUAUAUUGAAACUAACAUUCAUAUGAAUGUGACGAGGAAGUUGAUUUUUUUAAAUGAGUUGGAUCGUCUUCUCAAAACAAAAGGUUCUUAUAUUGUUGGUGGAGAUUUUAAUUUUGGAAAAGGUCUUAUAAAACCCAGGUUUGAUAGAGAUGUUACCGUUGUUCAGAGAUUGAAGAAACUUGUUGAAAGUAAAAAAAUGAUUGAUGUUGGUCGUUUGCAUUCUAAUUACAAAGAUAUAUUCACAAAUGUUAGCGGUUCCAAUUACCGCCGAAUCGAUUACAUUUUGGUGAGUCAAUUUUCGCUACAGAAAAUGACAUCAUUUAAUAUUGAUUUUGAUGGAUGCAGCACUCAUACUGUCUUGAAAACUUGCUUCACAAUUGAAGACAUUGAAUGCAUAGACCACAUCUCCACAAUUGAUCGCGAAGAUCUGAUUGAACCAUUGCGUCAGUAUUGUGUAUUAAUGAAUAAAAGAAAAAUACGCAGUGUUGAUAAGGAUGAAGCAUAUCCUAAUGGCGAAGAAGGUAGUUCUGAAGAUGAAAAAGCCCCCACACUUGAUGAAUUGCAUUUGGUUGCUCAAGAUUCGGACCUAUAUGAUGAUGAUGGUCCAAUCCAGGUAUCAAAAUCUUAUUCCAAGCUAUUGUUGAUUUGA